UUUCAAUUAGUUAAACGAAAAUUUAAGGUACUAAAAAUGGUAAAGAGUUUGGAUACUAAAACGGUUUUUUCCCUUUCAAUUCAAACAAUAUGAGAAAACAGAAAAUGAAAUAAGGGAAGGAAAAAGAGAGCGGAGUGAGAAGAAAGAGAAAACGAAUGGAGCCCCUCAAAAUAUUCGGAGCAUCGGUUAUUAAGCAGAAACGCAAACAUGGUCGCACUAUAAAUACGAGGAGCGAUAUUCUGUAGAGAGAGAAAGCUAGUUACACUUUUCCGGAGAGAGAGAGCAAAAAAACAACAGGAACGCAACGCAAAGAUAUUUUUACGCCAAUAGCGCCACCGACCGCACAUCUCGCUAACUAAAAUUAGGGUUUCGUCCUUAUCUACCUUCCAUUUUUAUUGUAUAUGCCUCCACCCCUACCUACUCUCUCUGAAUUUAUUGCUGAAUAGUUUCUGUGCCUGGACUCAAAGUCUCGCCUUUAGGAUAUUUUAGGGAAAUUUCGAUUGAGGAGAAGAGUUCCGGGAUUUUUCUGUUUCUUUUUCCAGUAUGCCUACUUCUUGGUCAGAUGCAAUCGACAAGGCUCCUACCAAUGAAGGCUCCGGAGCCAACUUUCGUGCUUCCAGAUCUUCAACUUAUGUCCCGCCACAUCUCAGGAACAAGCCUCCUUCAGCAGACCCUUCGCCAGCUCCUCUUUCCUAUGCCGGAGCCACAUACGGAAAUGACCCUUACGCCCCCGGUGCUCCAUCUAUGGGCAGUACUUUUCAUCCUGUGGGUGUUUGGAAAGAUAGAAACGGAGGUUCCGGUGGUGGUGGCAGCAGUGGCGGCUGGAAUAACAGAGGCGGCGGCAGUUGGGAUCGUGGGAGAGAAAGAGAAGCUAACCCUUUUCAAGAAGAUGCCGAUGCAGAACCAGCAUUUGGUGAGCAGGAAAACACGGGGAUCAAUUUUGACGCGUACGAGGAUAUUCCGGUGGAGACGAGUGGGAGAGAUGUGCCGCCACCGGUGAACACGUUUGCGGAUAUUGAUCUCGGUGAGGCUUUGAAUCUAAACAUUCGGAGGUGCAAGUAUGUGAAGCCGACUCCUGUGCAGAGGUAUGCCAUACCAAUCGCGCUUGCCGGGCGAGACUUGAUGGCCUGUGCGCAGACAGGUUCUGGAAAGACGGCGGCGUUUUGUUUCCCGGUAAUUAGUGGGAUCAUGAAAAGCAGUCAAUCUGGGCCGAGGCCACCGCGCAUGCCGCGCAUGGCUUUUCCGUUUGCUCUCAUUCUUUCUCCCACUAGGGAGCUUUCAAUGCAAAUCCAUGAAGAAGCCAAGAAAUUUGCUUAUCAAACUGGCGUCAAGGUGGUUGUUGCAUAUGGUGGUGCACCUAUCAAUUUACAGCUUCGAGAACUUGAAAGAGGUGUGGACAUACUUGUUGCAACUCCCGGACGGUUAGUGGAUUUGUUGGAAAGAGCCAGAGUCUCAUUGCAAAUGAUUAAGUAUUUAGCCCUAGAUGAGGCAGAUAGAAUGUUAGACAUGGGUUUUGAGCCUCAAAUAAGGAGAAUUGUGCAACAGAUGGACAUGCCUCCGGCUGGUGUACGGCAGACAUUGUUGUUUAGCGCUACAUUUCCAAAGGAGAUUCAGAGGCUGGCUGCUGAUUUUCUAUCAAAUUACGUGUUUCUGGCUGUUGGAAGGGUUGGAUCUAGUACCGACUUGAUUGAACAAAGGGUUGAAUAUGUGCUUGAGACUGACAAAAGAAGUCACCUGAUGGACCUUCUCCAUGCACAGAGAGCAAAUGGUCUUCAGGCUAAGCAAGCUCUUACUCUUGUUUUUGUCGAGACAAAGAAGGGAGCAGAUUCGCUUGAACACUGGCUCUGCGUUAAUGGGUUUCCUGCUACAUCCAUACAUGGUGACAGGACACAACAGGAGAGAGAAUAUGCUUUGAGAUCCUUCAAAAGUGGGAAAACACCAAUCCUAGUCGCGACUGACGUUGCAGCCCGCGGGCUCGACAUCCCGCACGUGGCCCACGUCGUCAACUUUGACCUCCCCAACGAUAUCGAUGAUUACGUCCACCGGAUCGGCCGUACGGGCCGGGCCGGAAAAACGGGCCUAGCCACCGCUUUCUUCAACGACAACAAUUCCUCUUUGGCUAGGCCGCUGGCCGACCUAAUGCAAGAGGCAAACCAGGAAGUCCCUGCCUGGCUUUCACGCUUUGCCGCCAGGUCAUCGUUCGCCGGAAAGGGCCGCCGUGGAGGAGGAGGCUCCGGUGGAAGAUUUGGUGGCAGAGACUUCCGGAAGGAUAACAGAGGUGGAAUGGACUUUUACGGUAAUAAUAGUAAUAAUAACAGUGGAGGUUAUGCUUCUUCUACCUUGACAAGUGCGUGGGACUAACGAACGAUCUCGACUAUAUGUUUUUGCUUGCCUCGGCAUUUGCAGUUAUUUUUUUAGUAAAAAUAUUUCAUUUUUUUUCUUUUUUGGUUAUAAUUUUGCUUGUUGCUUUUAGUAUGGGGGGUCUAGCUGUCGUGUGGUAUGUAUAUUUUGGAGGGAUAUUUGUCUUCCGAAGCACCGUCUGAGGGUGAUGUUGGUUGUGCAGUUACAAUGUGUGGUGGUGGGUAGAUCUUUGUUUGUUCGGAUGCUGGGGUUGUAUUUCUUAUGGCCUUUUGAUUAUUUGAAAUCCUUCUCUCGGUUUUAAAUACCUUAUUAUGCAGACGACGGCCCUUCCGAUUAUUGGUUCUUGACUUUGAAUGUUGCGUUGGAUGGUGUUGUAUUAUUCUAGGACUGGUGUUUAGGUGAUUCGAUUAAAAUUAGAGCUACGUAAUUCUGUUGCUACUUGUAUAUAGUGUUCCUCCUAUUUUGUUAUAUUAUUUAUUAUCAAUUAAUUCUUUAUCUUUAUAUUAUAUUAUAUAUCAUUACAUUUCUCUCUUUAAUAUUGUACUCAAAUAUAUUAAAGUGCACGUG